AUGGCUGCUACGAGUCAGCGUGGCAACCUUGUGACAGCAUGGGCCAUUGGCGUUGACAUUAAAUGUGCUGAUGUGUUCGACCUGGCCAGCCUUGCAACGGACUCGGGUACAUCUUUCGCCGCACCCCAGGUCGCCGGUAUGGUAGCGUAUUGGAUGUCGCAUCCAGAAUUCGCCGGUGAGUUGCCCGCAGGCCAAGUUGCUACGACGUUACGCGACAUGGUGGGCGCCCUCGCCUACCCGCGCAUCAAGGAGGCGGGUUACCCCCCCAUCGCGUGGAACGGGCAUGACCUGGCAGAGGAGUGCGGCAACCCAGGCAGUGGAACUGGAACCCGGGCCCGGCGAGACAGGAGACGCGAUCUCGGCAAGGCAUGUUCGUAUGCGCCUACAUCAGCAGUUUCAGCGCCUUCAGCGGCUCCAACAGCAUCCGUCGCCCCUUCCAAGCCAGCAGCUGAUGUUCCCACAACGACAACUACCUCAAUCACAGAGACAGCUACCACGCCGUUAAGGUGCAACUCAUGCGGUGCUGAGGCUGCAGAUAGUGCGCCUGGCAUGAUAGGAGGACAAGUUGGCUGCUCGGGGGCUGAAUACGCGCGGAGUUCUUGCGAAACGAACCCCAACUGCAAAUCCUGGGCAUUUGGCAAGGAAGACAGGGUCACGUAUAGCAUCGAUGUCUGUCUGUUUUUCGACAAAUCCGCCACAGAAGUUGUUAGUGAAGCGCCGCCUGACCCAGAGGGCAAAUGCCCCUUUAGAUAUAAUGACAAGGGUUGCCCACCGCUUUAG